AUGCAUAUGAAAUUGAAUGGAGAAUAUCAGAAAUAUAAAUUUGAUCAAAUUCUUGACACUGAUAUUUCUGCAGUAUUUAUUGGAUCUGAUGGGUGAGUUUUUUAGUUUUUCGAGAUUUUCAAAAAAAAUUUCAAUUUAGAAAAUGGGAAUCAUCUCAACUUUCAUCUACUUUAAAUUAUCUGGAAAUUGAUGAGAAUCCAAUAAUGCGAGAAAAUUUGAAAAUUUAUCAUCUUCCUCCGAGAAUUGAGAGAUCUUUGGAAUUCCGAAAUAAUGGAUCAUUACGAUUCGAAAAUUUGGCUGUGAAUCCGAGAGAAUAUUUGAAAAUUGAAAUUAUUUUCAAGUCAUAUUCUUCGAGUGGAUUGAUUUUUUAUUGGACUUCUCCGGAUGAACCAUCUGGUGAUUUUGUAACAAUGGCAUUAAUUGAUAGAAAACCGCAUUUUGUUUAUGAUCUGGGAUCUGGACUUUCUUAUACAAAGUAAGUUUGAGGGGCAGAAGAAAACUUUUGCUAGGGAAAAUCUAGGGGUUAUGGGAAUUUUUUGAUUUGACAGUAGGUUUAUGGCUCAAAAUGAUGUUAUGAUCUUCCAAGUUUUGUUCCAAUUCGUUCAGAGAUUUCAACAAAAAUUCUCGAUCUCUUUUGGAAUAUGUAUCUUGAGAUUGUUUUUUCUUCAGAUUUGAGAAUAAUUACUCACUGCCUAAAAAAGCAAUUGAGAAAAAGAAAAACACGAGUUUGAACAAACAAAAAUUGUAGGGUUCAAAUAAUUGAUUCUCAGAUUUUUCCUAGGUUCUGAAAUCAUUUUUUAUAAUUGAAUUGGUUCACGUCAGUUGAAUUCAAUUAGACACAAACAAUUAGCUAUUUAUAAGUUUUGGCAAAGACCAAAAGUUAUUCCAGAUUUUUGAAAUCAUAACACAUUCUAAUACUACAGAUGACGUUUUCUUGGCUAAAAUUUUUCAGGAUUUUUUUUUUGAGCGCUCUAUAAUUAAAUUCAAAAUAUACAUUUUUCAGAUCGGAACCAAUCGCAAUCAAUGAAUGGACAACUGUGAAAAUCGAAAGAAUCGGAAAAAAUGCAACAAUGUGGAUAAAUUCAAAAGUUGUUUGUCGACAUGUUUCUGCUGGACAAAAUCAACAUCUUGAUCUCGGAAAAAAUAAUAUUUUCUAUGUUGGAUUUGUUGACGAAGAAAAUGAUGUGGCAAGAAAAGUCAAGAAAUUGAAUACUCCUUUCAAUGGACAAAUACAAAUGAUUCGAGUGAAUGAACUGCCGUUGGAUUUGGUGAAGGUAAGAAAGUAA